AUGUGCACCACGAAACGAUACCUGUUCCUCUGCUCGCACCCCGCUACACAUCGCUUCCGCGACACCGUGUGCAAUUCUCCCAGCGUUCGUGGCUGUCAAGUCCGAGAUUACAACGUCUUCCUCGCAGAUCCGUGCCAAAAGUGCAGCAGCCGCGGCAUGCCGUCAGUUCACACGGCUUUCGGCGGAUGUCAAGAAUCUAGCACUGACGACAUUUGGUACAUCCCCAGCAGAUGCUUCAUCGACGUCGGAUUUCGCACGUUGAGCCCUUUUAGUGAAGAAGACGCCUCAGAACCUCCAACACCGACUUCGCCGUCCACCAGACAAUCGAUCGAUGACGGUCCUCUGGGAUCACCACAGACUCCCACCAAGCUCAAGACCUGCGACCCAAACAUUUGCAGAAGGCUCCUCCGUCGAUUGACAAUGAGGAUACUUAGUCCCUGUUGUGCUAGGGAGACUCAGUAUGGUGGAUAUGAAGCCACAAGGGUUGAAGGACGUGACAACCGUGUCAACGGAGUCAUUAGAGACAGUCUCUGCGAGUCAUCGGUCUGA